CUUUGUUGAUAUUUGUGAGAUGAAAUAAAAAGCACAAGCUGUUAAUAUCUUGAGUUAGUUGUCAAGUGAUCGAGGAGAUAUCAAUACCUAAAUUGAGAGAAAUAUCAAGGAUUAAACAGAGUGAUUUUUUUUAUUAAGUAGAAAUUUUUAAGAAUUUUUAAAUUCGUUGAUCAAAAUGGCAACGAAAGUGGAACAAACGACAAAUGAAGUGCUACAUUUUAUCGGAAAUUUCAAUUCAAAAGAAAAGAAUCGAUUAAAUACAGAGUUCAAAAGGAAGCUCUUACGUCGACAAAGCACGGUCCGAGACUUAAAAUGGAAUGUUCAGUGCAGUGAUUUUGCCUUAAAAACACACAAUCCAAUUCGAGCAAUUGUUGAUGGAAUGAAAAUCGCACCAAAUCCUGACAAGCGAAUGAUAGCUUUAUCCAUAGGUGAUCCUACAACAUUUGGAAACCUUCAACCAGCUAAUGAAAUUCUUAAUGCAAUGAAGCAAGUGAUUGAUGAGAAAAACUUUAAUGGAUAUGCUCCAUCUGUAGGAUUUAUUGAAGCACGUGAAGCCGUUGCUGAGUAUUCAGCACAUCAAGGCAAAAUUAAGGAAAUUUCAGGAAAAGAUGUAAUAUUGUGCUCUGGAUGCAGUUGUUCAUUAGAUUUAUGCAUUGCAGCGAUUGCAAAUGAAGGACAAAACAUUUUGAUUCCAAAGCCUGGAUUUUCAAUUUAUAAGACACUUGCUGAAGGCUUUGGAAUCGAAUGUAGAUCAUACAAUUUAAUUCCUGAACGAGGAUGGGAAAUUGAUUUAGAUCAUUUGGAAGAAUUAGUCGAUGAGAAUACAGCUGCCAUAAUUGUUACAAAUCCGUCAAAUCCAUGCGGUUCUGUAUUUACAGAAAGUCACACACUCGAUAUUAUAGAAAUUGCUGAACGACAUUUUUUGCCAAUAAUUGCUGACGAGAUUUAUGAACAUUUUGUGUUUCCAGGCAAUGAGUAUCAUUCAUUUGCCUCAUUAUCAAAGAAUGUUCCAGUUUUAAGUUGUGGUGGAUUAACAAAAAGAUUUUUAGUACCAGGAUGGCGUUUGGGAUGGAUUAUUGUACAUGACAGACAUGGAGCUUUACAAGACAUUCGUAAAGGAUUGAUGAAUUUAUCAGCUCGUAUUCUCGGACCAAACUCAUUAGUACAGGGAGCACUUCCUGCUAUUUUAAAAAAUACACCACAAAAGUUUUAUGAUGAACUCGUUGAAACACUCCAAAAUCAUGCAAAUAUUGCAUACCAAUUGCUGAAGGAAGUUAGAGGAUUAAGUCCAAUAAUGCCAAAAGGUGCAAUGUACAUGAUGGUUGAAAUUGAUAUGAUAAAUUUCCCAGAUAUAAAUGAUGAAUUGGAUUUUGUACAGAAACUUGUUUGUGAACAAAGUGUGUUUUGUUUGCCUGGAAAGUGCUUUGGCAUUGAUAAUUUUAUGAGGAUCGUUUUGACAGUUCCAAAAGAAAUGAUUAUUGAGGCAUGUGAGAGAAUUAAUGAAUUUUGCGAGACUCAUUAUAAACCUGUCAAGAAUGGAUUUGAAAUAGAGGAUAUUCCGAUAGAUUACAUAGAUAUUAAUGGGGAUUGAUGAAGCGGAGAUCGAAGUCGCUUAGACGUAAGCCGUUUUGUAAGCUUCGGCUUAGCCGAUCAUUUUCUAAUGAUUCAAAUAGUGUAAAUAAUUCAUAUUUUAUUAAAUAUAUUAAUAAAGAAGAAAAAGAAUUUCACUUUUUAUUUGGUUUGUGAAG